GCGGUGAACAUAAACAAUGCUCUGUUUGUAUGAUGCAGUGUGGUGAUGACGGAGGGAGAGGGGAGUCCACUGUGCAAGUAAACUGUAGACUGAUUCCGAGGUACUUGAACUCCUCCACUUGGGGCAAAAUCUCCUCCCCAACCCGGAGAUGGCCCUCCACCCUUUUCCGGGUGAGAACCAUGGACUCGGACUUGGAGGUGCUGAUUCUCAUCCCAGUCACUUCACACGCAAACCGAUCCAGUGAGAGCUGAAGAUGUUGGCCAGAUGAAGCCAUCAGGACCACAUCAUCACGGGUCAAUGUGAAUGACUGCUCGCUUACUGCUCUUGUUGCAAAAAAGCUAAGUAUCGUUCUAUCUGUGUGCUUUUAACUGUUUUGCAGCUUUAUUUACAACUUCUCGAACAUAUUUAAUAGUUCAAUUUAACUUGCAAAUCACCCGAUCUCUGUCUCACCACUCCAUCCUCAGCUAGCUAGCGGCUAAGCUAACGAGGCUAGCGGAGAAAGGCAGUGCCGGUCUGAAGGAAGCUACUCCCCCGCCACCGUGACCACCACUUCCCGAAGACAGCUGGCACUCCACUCGGCGACAGAAAUUUCUGUGAGUAUGGCUUCCUGCGCUUCGUGCACUUUAGUCAUGGAUAGUCUGCUAGAGAGCGGUGUCCGCCAGUUAGAGCAGUGUAAUUUCGUAACUUUAGAUGUUGCGGACACAUCUGCUAGCGUUAGCUGUAGCGAGCUAACUAGCCCAGCUUGUAGCAGCCCUAAGCGGCCUACAAGCUACGGUGUACCGGUUGAGACGCAUAAUAGAUUUAGCCCUUUAGCUAGUCCUACACCCCAGUCUACCGGGCACCACACUUUAGUCAUAGGGGACUCCAUCACCCGAAACAUAAAGCUUAGCAAACCAGCCACAAUUAAGUGUAUUCCCGGGGGCAGAGCACUUGACAUUGAAGCUAAUCUUAGGGAGCUAACUCGCAACAGGCCUAGUAAACACGUACGACAGGCUAACCGCACCACUAGUUAUGCGAACAUAGUUAUACACGUUGGCUCCAAUGACGUUAGGAUGAGACAAUCAGAGAUUACAAAGAGAAACAUAGCCAGGGCUUGUAAUCUCGCUAGAAAGAUGUCCAGGCAUCGAGUAAUUGUCUCUGGUCCCCUGCCUGGGAGAGGCAAUGAUGAGAGAUAUAGCAGAUUAGUCUCUCUUAACAAGUGGCUGGAUAGCUUCUGUAGACAACAGGGAUUUACGUUUAUUGAUAAUUGUCCCUCUUUCUGGGGAAAACCUGGCUUGCUGAGGAGAGACGGCCUUCACCCUAACCAGGAAGGCGCUAUCCUCUUGUCCCGGAACAUAGAUUUCGCAUUGAGCCACAUUUGACUAACUGCACUAGAGCAAGCCCGGUCACAGGCAAUUACAGAUCCUGCUAGCCUGGGUAUGGAGUCAGUUAAAUUAGAACUAGCCAGCGCCAGGCUAGAUAAUCCCUGUACACAUAGCAAUUUUCUUGGAAUAAUACACAACUCACAUAAUGUUUUUUCUGCUAUGACUAUGACUACGUCAGAGUUAGACAUGCGUUCUACUGAGGUGGCAAAUUAUGAUGCAUUCAGUUUAUCGCAGCACCAAGUAGACAAUCUGAAAAUUCCCGUCAUAUCAAUUCCUAGAUAUGGUCGUAAUUAUUUUAAGUACACUGCGCAUAAUAAACGCAACAUUAUUAAUAUUGCUACUACGAAUAAUUUUAUCAUCAACUCAUUAAAACAGCCCACUACCUAUAAUAUGGGCUUUCUAAACAUCAGAUCAUUGUCUCCCAAAACGUUAUUAGUUAAUGAGGUCAUUAGAGACAACAACCUUAACGUCAUCGGUCUUAGCGAAACCUGGCUUAAACCAGACGACUUUUUUGCGAUAAAUGAGGCAUCUCCUCUGAACUAUACGAAUGCGCAUAUUGCCCGUCCCCUUAAAAAGGGAGGGGUCGCACUAAUAUACAACGAAAACUUUAACUUUAGUCCUAACUUAAAUAAGGUGCUUUCUAUGAAGUCUGCCACACCGCUGCCUCUGUGCCUGACUGUUAUCUACCGCCCCCCAGGGCCCUAUUCGGACUUUAUCAGUGAAUUCUCAGAGUUUGUUGCUGAUCUAGUGAUGCACGCCGAUAAUAUAAUUAUAAUGGGGGACUUUAAUAUCCAUAUGAAUACCCCAUCGGACCCACCGUCCGUGGCGCUCCAGACUAUAAUUGAUAGCUGUGGUCUUACACAAAUAAUAAAUGAACCGACACAUCGCAGCAGUAAUACGAUAGACCUAGCGCUUGUCAAAGGUAUCACCGUUUCCGAAGUUAUGAUACUCCCGUAUACUAAAGUAAUGUCCGGUCAUUACCUUAUAAAAUUCGAAGUUCAGACUCAUGUUCGGCAAGCUAAUAAUAAUAAUAACUGCUAUAGCUGCCGCAACAUUAAUGCUGCCACAACGACAACUCUUGCUGGCCUACUGUCCUCGGUAAUGGCACCAUUCCCAAAGUAUGUGGGCUCUAUUGAUAACCUCACUAACAACUUUAACAAGGCCCUGCGCGAAACCAUUGAUAGUAUAGCACAGCUGAAGUUAAAAAAGGCUCCAAAAAGGCGUACACCAUGGUUUACUGAAGAAACUAGAGCUCAGAAAUUAUUAUGUAGAAAGCUGGAACGCAAAUGGCGCACAACUAAACCUGAGAUGCACCAUCAAGCAUGGAGUGAUAGUUUAAUAACUUACAAACGCAUGAUUACCUUAGCUAAAACUAAUUAUUACUCAAAUCUCAUCCGCCUUAAUAAAAACGAUCCAAAAUUUUUGUUUAGUACAGUUGCAUCGCUAACCCAACAAGGGAAUCCUUUCAGUAGCUACACCCAUUCGGCAGAUGACUUUAUGAAGUUCUUUAAUAAGAAAAUUUAACUUAUUAGAAAGGAGAUUAAAGACAAUGCGUCCCAGCUACAACUGGGUUAUAUUAACACAGAUACGACUGUAUAUACGGCGGAUACUGCAAAUAUCCAAAAUAGUUUCUCUCGUUUUGAUGAAAUAACAUUAGAAAAAUUGUUACAACGUGUAAAUGGAAUAAAACAAACAACACGUUUACUUGACCCACUUCCUGGGAAACUUAUCAAGGAGCUUUUUCUAUUAUUAGGUGCAUCAGUGCUAAAUAUUAUAAACUUAUCACUUUCCUCGGGGACUGUUCCCCUAGCAUUCAAAAAAGUGGUUAUUCAUCCUCUCCUUAAAAGACCUAACCUCGAUCCUGACCUCAUGGUAAACUACCGACCGGUGUCUCACCUUCCCUUUAUUUCGAAAAUCCUUGAAAAAAUUGUUGCAGAGCAGCUAAAUGAACACUUAGCGUUUAACAAUCUAUGUGAAACCUUUCAAUCCGGUUUCAGGGCAAAUCACUCUACUGAGACAGCCCUCGCAAAAAUGACUAAUGAUCUAUUGCUAACGAUGGAUUCUGACGCGUCAUCUAUGUUGCUGCUUCUCGAUCUUAGCGCUGCUUUCGAUACCGUCGAUCAUAAUAUUUUAUUAGAGCGUAUCAAAACACGAAUUGGUAUGUCAGACUUAGCCCUGUCUUGGUUUAACUCUUAUCUUACUGACAGGGUGUAGUGCGUCUCCCAUAACAAUGUGACCUCGAACUAUGUUAAGGUAACGUGUGGAGUUCCCCAGGGUUCGGUCCUUGGCCCUGCACUCUUCAGCAUCUACAUGCUGCCGCUGGGUGACGUCAUACGCAAAUACGGUAUUAGCUUUCCCUGUUAUGCUGAUGACACCCAACUCUACAUGCCCCUAAAAGUUAACCAACUGUAGUCAGUUGGAAGCGUGUGUUAAUGAAAUUAAACAAUGGAUGUCCGCUAAUUUUUUGCAACUUAACGCCAAAAAAACGGAAUUGAUGAUUAUCGGUCCUGCUAGACACCGACCUCUAUUUAAUAAUACAACUUUAAUAUUUGACAACCAAAUAAUAAAACAAGGUGACUCGGUAAAAAAUCUGGGUAUUAUCUUCGACCCAACUCUCUCCUUUGAGUCACACAUUAAAAGCGUUACUAAAACGGCCUUCUUUCAUCUCCGUAAUAUCGCUAAAAUUCGCUUCAUUUUGUCCACUAAAGACGCCGAGAUCAUUAUCCAUGCGUUUGUUACGUCUCGUCUCGAUUACUGUAACGUAUUAUUUUCGGGUCUCCCCAUGUCUAGCAUUAAAAGAUUACAGUUGGUACAAAAUGCGGCUGCUAGACUUUUGACAAGAGCAAGAAAGUUUGAUCAUAUUACGCCUAUACUGGCUCACCUGCACUGGCUUCCUGUGCACUUAAGAUGUGACUUUAAGGUUUUACUACUUACGUAUAAAAUACUACACGGUCUACCUCCAUCCUACCUUGCCGAUUGUAUUGUACCAUAUGUCCCGGCAAGAAAUCUGCGUUCAAAAGACUCCGGCUUAUUAGUGAUUCCUAAAGCCCAAAAAAAGUCUACGGGCUAUAGAGUGUUUUCCCUUCGGGCUCCAGUACUCUGGCGGUAACAGUUUGAGAUGCUACCUCAGUAGAAGCAUUUAAGUUUCACCUUAAAACUCAUUUGUAUACUCUAGCCUUUAAAUAGACCUCCUUUUUAGACCAGUUGAUCUGCCGCUCCUUUUCUUUUUCUCCCUUGUGGAGGGGGUCCGGUCCGAUGACCAUGGAUGAAGUACUGGCUGUCCAGAAUCGAGACCCAGGAUGGACCGCUCGCCUGUGUAUCGGUUGGGGACAUCUCUACACUGCUGAUCCGCCUCUGCUUGGGAUGGUUCCUGUGGUCGGGACUCUCGCCGCUGUCUUGGAGCCGCUUUGAACUGAACUCUCGCGGCUGUGUUGGAGCCACUAUGGAUUGAACUUUCACAAUAUCAUGUUAGACCCGCUCGACAGCCAUUGCUUUC